AUGCUCACUAAACUAGCAGCGCUCCUCUUUGGAGGGCUUCUCCUCCUGCUCGUUCAACCCAUUCUCACACAGAGCACGCCCGAUUACACUUGCUCGCCCACCAAGCCAUGGACGGGGAUCUGUGGUAUGGGCCCAACUUUCUGUGCCCCGGGAAACUGCACAAGCGAAUGCAACGCCAAGUCAGAGUGUGACCCGGGCUGGGGACCUGAAUGGUCACAGGCUACAAACUGCCCGCUAAAUGUCUGCUGCUCGAAGUUCGGGUUUUGUGGAACCUCUGCAGAGUUUUGCGAUGGCAAAACCGUGUCCUCGCCAGAGUGCCCUGGCGGGAAGAGCGCUGAUCAGCGGACAAUUGGGUACUAUGAAGGGUGGAACUUGGGGAGGUCGUGUGGACUGAACCCGACCACGUUUCACAUAGACGAUAUGGGCCCAGACACGGCGGCACUCUACGACCGAGUAUCUGCGUUGAAGACGAGAGACCCCGAUCUCAAGGUCUGGAUCGCCGUUGGCGGAUGGGCCAUGAACGACCCUGGCCCGUACCGUACCACCUUUUCGGACUUAGCCAAGUCGACCACCGCCCAAGAUGCCUUCUUUGAGUCUCUGAUCACUUUUAUGAGAAAGCACAAUUUUGACGGCGUUGAUCUUGAUUGGGAGUACCCCGUGGCCGAUGACCGAGGCGGCCUCCCCGAGGAUUUCGACAACUUCGUCACUCUGGUUCGGCGUUUGCGCGAACGCCUGAAUCGAACGGGGCGGGAUUACGGUAUCACACUCACUCUGCCCGCCUCAUACUGGUAUCUCCGUGGCUUUAACCUCCAAAACCUCGAGCCAUGGAUUGACUGGUUCAAUGUCAUGACGUACGAUAUCCACGGAACCUGGGACAGCACAGUCAAAGCCAUUGGCCCAUACGCCUUCGCCCACACCAAUAUGACCGAGAUCCAACAAGCCCUGGAACUUCUCUGGCGCAACAACAUCAACCCCGGCCGCGUUGUGCUUGGGCUAGGCUUUUACGGCCGCAGCUUCACCAUGAAGUCUCCCGACUGCAUGCACUCUGGUUGUGAAUUCACCGACGGUGCCCGCGGCGGCGAGUGCACAGGCACCCCAGGCGUGCUUUCUGCGUCUGAGAUCAAUACCAUUAUUGCUAAUGGCGCGACUGUUACGACAGAUGAAGAAGCCGGGGUCAAGAUUGUGACGUGGGAUAGCAACCAGUGGGUUAGCUACGAUGAUGCGGCGACGCUCAAGAUCAAGUUAGAUUAUGCAAAUUUGAGGUGCCUUGGGGGAACAAUGGUUUGGGCUAUCGAUCUUGACGAUGGGACGUUGAUCAACGCGCUUGGAUCGGAUCUCUCAAGACCUAAAAACGAACUGACGAAGCCCCCGCCCAGCAUCCCAGAUUUUGAGACAGAGUGGGAUGAGCUGUGA